GGCGAUUGCUCAGCAUAGUUUCCAUGUCGGAAUGGAGUUCACUCGCUCCGUCCAUGUUCUGCGGGGACGGGCAAUACGUGGGCGACGGCGGCGCCGCAUUGGAGCGGCUGUGGGCCGGUCUUCGCUGGCGGGAGAUCCGCAACUGCCCCGGCCGCUACACCACGCCUGACAAGGAGGCGAGGGAGCUGAACCCCUCGCAGCUCUUGCGAAAGCUCGGCCUGGAUCAGCUGGAGCCAUUGAUGCUCAGACUGCCUGGCAAGGACCCCAUCCUCAUGGUGCGCCUUGUCGGAGGUGGCGGACUGCUGAGCUACCUCAAGGGCGGGAGCCUUUUCGUGCACACCUUCAACACGGAGAGUGGGCUGAUCCGAAAGGUGGAUGCGCUGCAGUGGCCCGACUCUGAAUUGCGCAGACUACUGGAGCCGGAGAGUCGCAGCUGUGCCGAGGCAUUUCGGGGAUGCCUGGCAGUGCUGCCCUUCCUGCUGGACUCAGAGAAGUGACCUGCCAUUAGAAGGAACUCGUCGGCCAACGUGCUGGUCCGAGCCUUCAGGGCGGCUGAUGGGGAAAAGCCCCGAACCAACGUCGGAGAAGCGAGCUGC